GGGCAUCCUGGACGUAAACCUCGCAAUAUGGAGACUCCUGGGAGAGUGCAGCGAGUCUGGAAGGCUGGCUGGUUUUAACAAUAAAUACAAAAUAAAUAAAGAGAGAGAAACACACCAAAGCGCUGUGGCAGCUGGUAAAAUGUGUUGGGGUUAAUCUGCGCGGCUUCUGCCUCGACGUCUCCCACCAUGUUUGCAGAGAUGAUGGUAAGCAGCGUGACGAGUCUUCUUGAUCUGCAGGUUGAGAUUAGUGCCCAUCCACAUCCCAAGGUUCUUUACUACUGGAACAGAAGACACGCCAGUCUGUCUGUCUGGGGAUGGGGGGGCCUGGGAAUCCUGCUUUUCCUCAUCACGUUCGGACCCUUUGCCAUAUUUUAUUUGGCGUUUUAUAUCUUCUGUUUUCUUGGCGGUGGCUUCGCAGUCACGCUUUUAUUUGGAAAGACAAAUUCUGAAAAACACCUAGAGAAAUGUGAACACUCCUACCUUCCCCCAACCCCAACAGGUAUAGCAAAGACUUUAGAGGAGCUGAAGCAGGAGACGAAGCCCAUAAAAAUCGACCGGCGUCUAACGGGAUCCAACUUCAUCGACGAGCCUCUGCAACAGGUGAUCCAGUUUGCUCUGAGGGAUUACAUCCAGUACUGGUAUUACACACUGAGCGAGGAUGAGUCCUUCCUGCUGGAGAUCAGGCAGACGGUGCAGAACGCUCUCGUGCAGUUCUCUACACGGUCCAAGGAGGUGGACUGGCAGCCGUAUUUCACCACCAGACUGGUGGAUGACUUUGCCACUCAUCUCCGUGUUUUCAGAAAGGCCCAGGAGAGGCUGAACGAGAGGGAGGACCCGAAACAACGUGAAGCUCCAGAGGAGCUGCUGGAUGCGUUUUUUGAAACAGAGGUGGAGAUGGAGAGGAAGAUCUGCAGAGAUGUAGUGUGCACCUCCCAUAAAGAUGAAGAAGGGUUCCUACGGGAUCUGUGUGAGGUGCUACUGUAUCUCUUACUACCUCCUGGAGACUUCCACAACAAGAACAUGAGAUACUUCCUCAGGGAAAUUUUGGCGAGAGGAGUGCUGCUGCCAUUGAUUAACCAACUAAGUGAUCCUGAUUAUAUCAAUCAGUUCAUCAUCUGGAUGAUCCGAGACUCCAGCUGCAACUAUGAAGCCUUUAUGAACAUCCUGAAGCUGACAGACAAGCCAGCUGAACUGGAGGCUGUUAAAGACAAAGUUCUGGAAGAGCUUCAGUACCUGCGCUCGCUAGAUACCGCAGGAGAUGAUAUCAACACUAUAAAGAAUCAAAUUAACAGUUUAUUGUUUGUGAAAAAAGUCUGUGAAACAAGAAUACAAAGGCUACAAUCAGGAAAGGAAGUCGAUGCUAUGAAACUUGCGGCAAAUUUUGGCAAACUGUGUAUAAUCCCACUGGACCAGAUCCUCGUGCACAACAUAGCGCUUCAGUUUUUUAUGGACUACAUGCAGCAGAUGGGGGGUCAGGCAGAUCUGUUCUUCUGGCUGACGGUAGAGGGGUACCGGGUGACGGCCCAGCAGCAGCUCGAGGUUCUACAGAGCUGGCAGAAGGACGGCAGGAAGCAGAGCGGCCAGACUAAGGGCCUGUUGAAAGCUGCUGCGUUCGGCGUCUAUGAGCAGUACCUCUCGGAGAAGGCGUCUCCCAGAGUGCAAGUGGAUCGGGCGUGUGUGGACAGACUGGCUGAGAAACUCAGCAAAGAGGAUCCGACUCCGGAGAUUUUCGAUGACAUCCAGAGAAAGGUGUACGAUAUGAUGUUGAAGGAUGAACGGUUCUACCCGUCGUUUAAGCAGCACCCUCUGUACGUGCGCAUGCUGGCUGAAUUGGACAUGCUGAAGGAGCCGAGCUACCGGGGCUCAGACGAUGGGGACACAGAGUCUUUUAAUGGAUCUCCAACUGGAAGCAUUAAUUUGUCUUUGGAUGACCUCACGAACGCCACCACAGACGAGUCUGUGCAGCUACAUGCUUUUAUUUCUGAUACCGGCGUGUGUAACGAUCACGGGAAGACCUACGCGCUCUACGCCAUCACAGUCAUCCGUAAGAACCCAGAUGGUAGCGAGGACACCUGGAAGACCUACCGCCGCUACAGCGACUUCCAUGACUUCCACAUGCGCAUCACUGAACAGUUUGAGAACCUCAACUCGAUAUUAAAACUUCCUGGGAAGAAAACGUUCAACAACAUGGACAGGGACUUCCUGGAGAGAAGGAAAAAGGACCUGAACGCUUAUUUACAGCUGCUUCUGAAUCCAGAGAUGGUGAAAGCCUGCCCCAUGCUCAUACCUUACGUCCAUGACUUCCUGGAGAACAAGGCCUACAGCAAAGGCAAGGGCGACUUUGCACGAAAGAUGGAUACAUUUGUGAACCCUCUACGUAGCUCCAUGAGGAACAUGUCAAAUGCUGUGAAGGCACUUCCUGACAGCCUCGCUGAAGGAAUGACCAAAGUGUCGGACAACAUGGGGCGCAUGUCCGAGAGACUGGGCCAGGACAUCCGACAGUCCAUAUUCAAGGUGCCGCCUUUAAUCCCAAAGUCAGACAUCGACCCUGAACACUGCCGAGUGUCUGCUCAGCUGGAUGACAAUGUGGAUGAUAACAUCCCACUGCGUGUGAUGCUGCUGCUCAUGGACGAGGUGUUCGACCUGAAGGAGAGGAACCAGUGGCUCCGCAGGAACAUCAAGAACCUCCUGCAGCAGCUCAUUCGAGCCACGUAUGGAGACACAAUCAACAGGAAAAUUGUGGAUCAUGUAGACUUCAUGACGUCUCCAGAGCAAGUAGCGGACUACGUUAAGAGGUUUAGAGAUUCCUACUGGCCAAAUGGAAUCCUAGCAGAGACGCCACCACGCCGAGAGAAGAGCAUCCGCAUGAGGACGAGAGUAGCGGCCAAGACUAACCUCCUGGGCAUCAUGCCAGACGAGCUGAAGCACAUCAUCGGGGCAGAAACCACGCGCAAGGGCAUCCUCCGGGUCUUUGAAAUGUUCCAGCACCAGCAGCUGAACCGCCGCCUGGCCUACGUCUUCCUGGAGGGGUUUCUCGAAACCAUGUUCCCUCAAUACAAGUUCCCCGAGCUGUUCGUCAAGCUGCACUCCCGCUCGCCGCGCAUCCGCACUUAUUCACAGAAAGUCCGAACCUUACAGAAGAGGUGACGCAGUGGCUCAGGCAGCAGGAAGCACCACUCUCAAAAGAGGAGGGACCAGCCCACGGUGAGGCUGGAGAAAGACACAGGGCUGGGUGCGAGUGUGAAUGUGUGUGUGUGUGUGUGCGUGCGUGCUGUGGAUCACACACCCCAGCUCUCAGUCCUUCCUGUUCUUAAGAGAAGCACUGUAUCCACAUGGCUGUAGCAUAGAGGAUUCAUUUUAGCAUUGUGGCGCGUCACCACUAAGAUGCUGCAGUGCUUGACCUGUACCGUCAGCAUUUCAGUAUUUGGAUCUCAUUUUGUCUUUUUUAAUUAUAAAUAUUAUUAUUAUUUUGGGAGGACGUUGCAAUGUGGGAGGAUUCCCUGUGGAUAAAACAUGUUCAAGUUCGCAGGUCAUCGAUGAGUCGACGUAAAGACUAAAUGAUUUUAAAUAAACAAUCGAGUGGAAUGGCAGGAAGAAAAACUGACAAACGUGGCUCGUACCGAGCCGCUUUUUAUCACAGGCGUAUCUGAGGUAAAGUUUUUUUGUUUGUUUGUUUUUAGGGCUGGAAAGCGGGUUUUAAUUGCACCGAACUUCUUCUUUUUCACGUUUUAGCGAGUGAAAUCAUCACGUCCAGACCAUGCGAGUGACUUAAUAACCAAAUAUCCGUGCAGCACUGAUGCACCGAUUUUACAGAGCGCUGAAAUAGCCAUCACAUAACCUGCUGCGACUCAGAGUGGAUUUCAGGCAAACAAGAUUCUGGCAGGACACGUGCAGCGCACACAAGUUUUGGCACCCUGCAGGACACCAAGCAUACAGCACGAUGCGUUAAAGAAUGUAUCCGUCUCUGGCAAACCUGUCUGUACUCAUCCGUUUUUUUUUUUUUCCUUUUCGUUUCCACAGUUCACACACUGCACAUACAGGAUUUGGACCUGUUUAGAACACUAGAAGACUUGUUAAAGACCCGUGUGUAGCAUUUACGUUUAAGUCCGAAGCGUGCGCCAGUGCCAGUUAGGAAAUCGGCCUUAAUUUUCUCCAACCAAAAGAGACGUGUGCUUAGACGUAGCUUUCCUUAAACGCACCCACACGUCUUCAGAGAGCCAUUAGAUGUUCAGUCCUAAUCAUCACACUUUUAUUUCGAGAAUAUGUAAUUUAAUUCGUGUUUUGUGCAAUAUAUAUAUAUUUUUUUGCAUGUGUUCAGAUAAUGGUAAAUGUUUUUCAGAUUUGAGAAUACAAUAAUGCAAAAAAAAAAAAAAAAACCCAUCAGAAUACAUUCCGUCGUUGUAAAUGACUCGGCUUACGUUUAAGACUUGUUUUAUAAGUCUGCAAUUUGUUUUCUUUCAUUUCCUGGUGACCAUAGUGCUUCCUUGACGAUGGAUUUCGUGCAUCUGUGUGUGCAUGGCUUAUUUGCUCCAGGAGGCGAAGCGUUAUACGAAACCAGCGGAGGUCCGUACCGAUUAGGAGUCGUUUCUGUGACACGCUUUUUUUGGGUUUAUCGGGUCAAAUCUGAUGAAUGUUAUACUGUAUUCCGGUUUUAAAUUGUCAGAGUAACAAGUCUUGCCUCUAGAGCAUGCAGGAUGUGUGGCUCUGUAACCCGUAGUCACAUGAUCUGCGGGUUAUCGAUCAGCACAGUGACCCUGUUGAGAGGUUCAUUCUGAUUUUUGAACUAAAUAGCACUUAAAUCGUACGGAUGAGGGCUUCUGUUAUUUUUUUAUUUUUAUUUUUUUCCCGAAACACAAACCACCAGUUGGUUUUUAAUCAUUCCUUAUUACUGUAAAAAAAAAAAAAACACCACACACACACACCACUAAUUAAUCUACAGCCUUCUGUGAUCUGUUAAACCGAUGCUACACGGCACUGUUUUAAUGAGUUAACGCACUCCACUUUCACCUCGAACCCAAGUAAAAGGUUCUCUGCGAUGCAGGACAGCUCGUUUCUCUCGGUUCUUUUGUGUUCGUUAAAUCCCCAUAUAUAUAUAUGAAUCUCUAAUUAUUACCUUGUACAUAUCACGUGUACAGUAUGUGUCAACGGUGUGCCUAAAUGUACUGUCAAUUAUAUUUUCUUAUUUUUCUUUAACAAACAAACAAAAAAAAAAAGUGAAGCUGAAUGUUAUGGUCGGUUGACUAUAAACAAAAGACUCUAAAACGGUUUAGUGUGUUUGCAUCCUGCUUCUAAGAUACUCCUUUUGAGCAGCAGAACUCAGUAUAACACUAAUAAAACUUUGACUAACUCA